AUGAAGUCGCGUUUUGCGGAAGCGGGUGGGCCAAAUGCGACGCUUAUCGGCGCCAUCACGCUCCAGNGUAUGCAAUAA